AUGUCGGCGACUCCAUCUUUCGAUUUCAAGUUUAAGACGCCUGCCUGUAUAGAGUGGACUCUAAACGAUGCGACGCAAUAUCUCAUCGACCCGGAUCCGCAAAGAGAUAGCGUGAAGCUCGAAGCUUGUUUUUCUAGUCAAUCCUCAGUGGCAUCUUUUCAACUGCAUUGUCCCAUCAGAGUGAAGGGCAUCGAAUCCUACUCGUGUAUUACAAGCCUGAUAAACAUCCGUUCCAUCGUCACUCUCAACUUUGAUGAGAAUCCAGAAAUUCCAGAUAUAGUGCGAAAGAAACUCAACUGCAAAGCAGUUUGCUUGCAUCUUGACCUUUGUCAACCUCUGGAUCUCAUCGCUCCGACUGUAGCGACAGAACCGAUACAGCCGAGGAAACGACCGUCUGGCCAAGUUAUCGAUGCGUUACGAUCGCUUGCCAAGGCUACGGCCAUCAAAAUUUAUAUUUCGGCAAGGGAAGUUUCUCUGCCUAGGCUGGCUGCCUUUUGUGAAGCAGUUUCUCAAAAUCGAUUACAUCCAAUCCAUACCGACACUUCAACUGGUCUGGCUUCAUUAUACGGCGGAUCAGGUGGGAAGAUAAUCACCCUUUCCUCAGAAGAUACUGCGUCGACGUAUCGGAGCGAAAACCCGCCAUCAUACGAUCAGCUAGAAAGUCUGCCCUCCAAGACGGGAAUCUCGCUACUUGGCGCAGAUGAAUCUCCAUCAUCUGUAGCUACGAGUAGUAGGCGUAAUGAGAAGAAGAGGCGCCGGCUGGAUGAUUCAAGUACUUCUUCUGAAGCUGAUGACUACCAUAGCAUGUGGAUUCUAAUGACCAAUAUGCGCAAAGAAAUGCACAAGCUGACGAAGCGAGUUGAGCGACUCGAGAGAGAGAAUAAAUUUCUGAAUGAUGAACUAGACGAGCUACGUGCUAGCUGUGAGAAGGCUACAGAGGCUGUAGACGCUGAUGAAACUGCCUUGCUCGAAGUACACGAGGAUGUCAAUGACCUGAGAGUACAGGUCGAUUUUCUUGCUCAGGGCAGAUUGAAUAGCGAAGCUGAAGAACACAUCAUUGAAACAGUCAAAGAAUCUGUACUCACACAUAUUUUAGAGAGUUCAUAUAAUGCUAAGAUCGUUAUUGAAAAGGGCUAG